CCCGCCGACGGUACUUAACGCGCCGGAGGCUCCGGGCCCCACUCGUCUUUCCCGCGCGCCCCGCUCCGCCGCCAUGUGUCGCUCCCGCUGCUCCCUCCCCACCAUGACCGUCCUGCGGGCCCCGACCCCGGCACCCUCCGCCAGCCCGGGGCCCCGGCGGGGCUCUGGGCCCGAGGUCUUCACGUUCGACCCUCUCCCGGAGCCGGCGGCGGCCCCCGCCUCGCGCCCCAGCGCCUCCCGCGGGCACCGAAGGCGCAGCCGCCGGGUCCUCUACCCGCGAGCGGUCCGGCGCCAGCUGCCCGCCGAGGACCGCAGCCCGGCCCGCAGGCUCCUCGCCCUGCUGCUCGCCGUCGUCUUCUGCCAGAUCCUGAUGGCGGACGAGGAGGCGCCGGCGCCCCAGACCGCGGAGGACGCCCCCAGCGCCGCGCCCCCCGCGCCCCCGGCCCUCGAGCCCCGCAAUCUGACGGCGGAGCCCUCGGACUACGCUCCGGACCUCCGCGCGUUCCUCCAGCGCCCCCCGGCCUCCCUCUGACCGCGACCCCCGCCGGCAGCGUCCGCGGAGCCGAGGAGCGCGGACACUUGGCGGGCGGGGCGGGCGGCGUUACGUGUAUUUACGUGUAUUUAUGUGUAUUUAUGUCCCCCGGGGACGGGGCGGUAUUUAUUUAACUUAUGCGAGGGCGCCGGGCCGCUGCGGCACCCGGUCCCUGGGGCCCGGGCAGGCGGCUCCGGGCGGGCGGCUCCGGGCGGGCGGCGGGCGGCCCGGGCGGUAUGUUCUGUGAACACAAAUAAACGC